AUAAACAACCCCAAUAAUAAAUUGUUGGGCAAACCCGUUCUCGGAACCACUACGAAACCGCAGAACCAGAGGCGGCCUGCCUGCGACUUUAGAAUUUACAUAAGCGUAAGCGAGUUGGAGAUGGAGGAUAGUGAUAAACAGGGCCAGGAAUUGGCGGUUGGUGUUCGUGAGAGCAACCUCGUUGAUGCCAAAGUUGAACGGCAACGAGAAGAACAUUCUGCUGCGGCAGUCGCAGAGGAUCAAUACCCCGGUGAAAUAAGGUCAGAGGAGAAAGUGCCUGAGGACCAAAACCCUAAUGAAAAUGGUGCGGAGGACCAUACCCUUGGCGAGAACAAGCAAUUGCAUGCACCAGCUGAGCCUGAAAAUGAUACUGCUGCCAUCGCUGUUGCUGCUGAAGUUGACACUGGUCUUAAAAAGGUGCCAGAAAAUAAAAGUGCGGGUCCUGAUACUCGCCCUGCUAACCAGCUUGAACCUGUUACACCCAAUUCCCUUGUGAAAUGUUCUCACGCAAAAGCUGAAGACGACACUAGGGAAACAUCCAAGAAUGGGUUGAAUGAGUCAAAGAUGGCAGAGGAUGAUGAAUCUGGAACAGCAGAGGACCAAGCAGCAUUCAUGAAGGAGCUGGAGAGUUUCUAUAGAGAAAGGGCCAUGGAAUUUAAACCCCCUAGGUUUUAUGGGCAGCCACUAAACUGCCUCAAGUUAUGGAGAGCCGUCACCAAGUUGGGUGGCUACGAUCGGGUAACUGGAUCCAAGUUAUGGCGGCAGGUGGGAGAGUCAUUCCACCCCCCAAAGACCUGCACAACAGUCUCUUGGACAUUUCGCAUUUUCUAUGAGAAGGCACUUCUGGAAUAUGAAAGGCAAAAGAGUCAAAGUGGUGAGCUCCAACUUGCUGUUGCAGCGCUCCCUGAGCCUUUAAGUGUUGAAAAUGAAGCAAAUGGUUCCCAAGCUCAAGGAUCAGGCAGGGCAAGAAGGGAUGCUGCAGCUCGUGCCAUGCAGGGUUGGCAUGUUCAGCGUCUUUUUGGUUAUGGUGAAGUCGGUGAGCCUAUUAUUAAGGACAAGAACUUCAAUAAUAUGCCGAAGCGUGAAAAAAGUCUCAAAAGCAUCGGUUCAGUUAAAAACAAGAGACCAACAGAGUUGGAGUAUCCUGUGAAAGCUGCACGAACUGAAACAGCUAAACAGCUGAUGACACAUGUUGCUGAUAUUGGCCCCCCUGCUGAUUGGGUGAAGAUCAAUGUGCGCGAAACUAAAGAUUGUUUCGAGGUUUAUGCUCUGGUCCCUGGGCUGUUGCGCGAGGAGGUGCGAGUUCAAUCAGAUCCAGCUGGACGUUUGGUCAUUACAGGCCAACCAGAGCAGCCUGACAAUCCUUGGGGUAUCACAGCCUUUAAAAAGGUGGUGAGUUUACCUGCUAGAAUUGAUCCACUCCAGACAUCAGCCAUUGUUAGCCUGCAUGGAAGACUCUAUGUUCGUGUGCCCUUUGAGCAGUCAAAUAUCUAGUUUGAAUAGUUCCUGACAUUCAGGGGUCGGAUUAAUUGUGGAAAGACAUUAACAUUUUGGUCAGAGAUGGAGCAAAUUGCUGAAUCACAAAAGCUAACCAACUUUGUGAAUGCCUAGCUAUGGCUUACUUUAUCGUGUAUGGUUGCAAUUAGAAAUUAGUUUUAGAAAGUCAUGUGAAUUUGAGGAAGAACUGUAGUUAGGUGGUAAGUAAGGCUUUUUCGGCUUAGGCCUCCCCAGUAGCUUUUAGGGCUUCAUUGUAGGAUUUAUGGUUUUAACUUUCUAAAUUAGACUUACAAUUUCUUCUUCUUCUUCAAUGAACAUAUGAUUCGAAACUUCCAUUGUGUU